AGUCUUGUCUUCUAUGAUUGAUACAAUUGAUACCAUCACCAAUUGCCCCAAAACAGUUGAUAUUCCUACCCCGCUACCCCACUUCAUAUUUUAUACCAGCCAUCAAAAUGGCAUCAGAUUCACCCCAAAAACCUCAAUCAGCAACAACCAUCUUCUUAGACCAACCUCCCAGCUGUCUCCAGUUCUGUCCAGAAGCCCCCAACUUCUUCGUGGUGGGUACGUAUUUCCUAUCCGAGAGCAAGGACGAGGAGGAAAAUAUCACGCAGACCAAAACUGGUAGUUUGCAAUUAUGGGAGAUUGACCCUGUUGAGAAUAAACUAUCCCUCAUUCAAAGAAUCCCAAUACCAUAUGCUGUUUUCGAUCUGCAUUUUCAUCCGAGGAAUCCCUCUAUCCUCGCUAUCGCUGGUAGUACGGGUUCUGCAGCUCUAUUCAGAGUCUCUACAUCUGAUCCUGCAUCUGCACCAGUCCUAACACCCCUCUGGACUCUCCCCGUCCACGAGGACCAGUCCAUCCCAGCUCUCUUCCUCGCAUGGGCCCCGCAGAACUGGUGUUCGAAAAGACCGCAAACUGAUGCCUUUGCCGUGACGUUCUCAGAUAGUCGGACGGCUGUCUUCGGGACGAGCGGUAAGGGCGAUGGUGGUGACGAUAUCGCAAAGGUAACGGAGGGCGAGAUUGUGGAGUUGGGCAGGUUCGAUGCGAGGCAGUGUAUCGAGGUGUGGUUUGUCGCGUUGGGUAUGUUUGCGGAUGAGAGUGGAGCGGAGAUUCCGUAUAUGUUUACCGGAAAUGAUUUUGGGGCGCUGCAUACUCGUCGCUUUGGGGUGGGUCGAGGGGAUGAGAAUGAUGAGGAUGAGGACGAAGAAGAGCCUCUCUCACCCCUUCUGCUGGAUCAUGAUGAUCGGGCCCGUCAUCAUACUGCUGGUGUGACUUCGAUCAUUCCUCUUCCGCUGCCGCUUGUCGAUGGUGCUCCUGUUCUUCUUACGGGUAGCUAUGAUGAGUAUCUACGUGUGUAUCAUGCUACGCGGAGGGGAGAAGUUCUGGCCGAAGUGUGUCUGGGAGGUGGUGUGUGGCGGUUGCAGAUGUUGAGUGAGGAAAAUGUCUCGGGCAGUGGGUGGCGUUUUUUGGUCCUGGCUAGCUGUAUGCAUGCUGGGACGCGCAUUGUGAGGAUUACACAAGGGGGUGAUGAGUGGCAGAUGGAGGUUCUGGCCGAGUUUACGGAGCAUCAAAGCAUGAAUUAUGCAUCUGAUGUGUGGAAGGGGGCAAAGGAGCAGGGUGGAAACUCGGAAACGCUCUGUGUCUCCAGCAGUUUCUAUGAUAAACGAGUUUGUAUAUGGAGGGCAAGUGUAUAGUUUGAGAAAUGGCAUGAUUUAUUGUCAUGAGAAAAUACGCUUGAUAAAAAUCAUGAUGCA